AAACCCCCACUCGCUCUCUCUCUCUACACUCUGCGCUCCGCCCUCUCUCUCUCUCUAAAACGACGGCGAGGAAAAUUUCCAUAACCCCCCUCCUCGUACUGUGUCUUUACUCUCCCACCCCUGCGGAAGCCGGCGUAGGCGACGGGGUACAAAUUUCCACCAACCCCCUCAACGUUUCCCCCUUUUCACUUUUCACCCUUCUAUGGGAACCCUAGAAACACCCCAAACCCUAGCCCCCAAAACCCUAGCCGGUCGGCCCCAAACCCUGGCAAUGCCGCAAACCCAGGAGGAGCUAGGGUUAGGGUCAGAGCCAGCUAGGGCUCGGUUUUCCGCCGGCGAUUUUGUCUGGGGCAAGAUCAAGAACCAUCAGUGGUGGCCUGGCCGAGUUCGAGACCCACCGGAAUCCUCCGAUCAAGCUCCAAGCUCGGUUCUUGUAGCUUAUUUUGGGGACGGGAGCUUAGCUUGGACUGAUCCCUCGAAUUUGAAGGGAUUUUUGGAGGGUUUCGAUGAGAUUUCGAGGUCCAGCAGCUCUAAGGGCUUCAAAGCUGCAUUGUUCUCUGCUGUGAGUGAGAUUGGGAAGUGUUUAGCAGCUCAGUUUAGCUGUAAUUGCUUGCCUGAAAAGGAAAGGAGCGAGCUUGCAAAGAUUUUGGGGAAUGGUGGCAAAAUUAGUAAUUUUGAGGCUCACGAGUUUCUGGGUUUGGUUAGAGAUGUUGCUGUUGAUGUGAAUAUAGUUAAUGUGGCUGAUAUCGCGAAGAUGAAGAGUUGGGUUGUUGGUUUUGAGAGAGGUUCGAAAUUAGGGCACAAGAUGAAGAAGAUUGAGGAGUUGGUUGAUAAGAUUGAUCUGGAUGUUCCUGCGAAUGAGAUGAUUGAAGGAAAAGGGCCCGAGAUUUUAUCGGAGAAGAGCUCUCGAGGUAGGAAACGAAGAAGCGUGGCAGCUCUCAUUGCACAACUGGAUUUGGAUACUGUUGAAUUGAGUGAUGAUGACGAAGAGAAGAAGAAGGAAGAGAAUGGUGCUAUAUCGGGCAGAAGAGAGAGGAAGAAGAGCAAGUAUUUAUCGCCGCCUUAUACCCAUUUGAGCGGAGGAUUAGCCAAGACUUUGGGAUCACCGAGGAAUUCAGAGCCCAAGACUCCGAUGAAGUUUAGUGUUAAUGAAGAUGAAGAGGAGAAGAUUGAAACCUCGUUUCAAAUUGAUGGGCUUGAUAUUGGGGAGGUGUUGUCUGAGUUUCUUGCAACAGCGGUGAAUCCCCUUCAUUUGAAAGGAAAUUGUGCAGCUAAGAAUGUUAGAGGGUUCUUUACUGAGUUUAGGAGGUCGGUGUAUUCGAGCAGUGCGAAAUCUGAUGCUCAUCAGAAAGAACUUGCUGAAUCUGUGGAAGGAGAGAAGAAAUUGAUUAAUAUAAAUAUAGAGGUAAGUGAUAAGUCUGAAGAAGGUAAGAAAAUUGAGGUGAAAAGGGGAAGAAAGAAGAAGGAUGCAAUUAAUGGUGAAGGAGAAACUCCUGUUAAUGACAAGUCUGAAGAAGGUAAGAAAAGUGAGGGGAAAAGGGGAAGAAAGAGGAAAGAUUUAGUUAAUGGUGAAGGAGAAACUCCAAUUCUUAAGUCUGAAGAAGGUAACAAAUCUGAGGCAAAGAAAGGACGAAAAAGGAGGGAUCAAGUUAAUGGUGAAGGACAAACUCCAGUAGAUUUAAGUCUUCAGAGUAAUGGAGAGACACCAGUUACUCCGAAAGCUACUGUUCCAGAGAACGGUACUUCAGGACGCAAAAGAGGAAGGAAGAAGGCUAAUGCUAAUAUGGAAUUAGAAAAAAACGGGCAGGAAGAAACUAAGGGAGAAGAAAAAGCCAAUGCAAAAGCCCCAGUGGAAUUGGAUAUUAACGGUAAAGAUGGAUCGAUUAUUGAUGUUCCUAUCAAUUUGGGAAGCAAAGUUACUAAUGGGUCAGGAGAGAGGAAACCGAGGCAGAGGAAAAAGGGCAAGAACACAAUGGGACAUGAGGACCCAGCAGCUGUGUUAUUGACAUUUUCUCCUGAGAUCAGUUUACCUUCGAACGAAGAUCUUGUUUCUGCGUUUAGCAAGUAUGGCACAGUGAUUCAAGCAGAGACUGAAGCAGUUAAAGAAUCAAGCAGUGCUAAAGUUACCUUUGUGAAAAGUUCUGAUGCAGAAAAGGCAUUCACUGAUAAAGUUGCAGCUUUGGGCCUGCCGGUUGCCAGUUAUCGCCUUCGUUAUCUUACAGGAAACUUAAGCUCACCUUCCUCACAUACUUCGAUUCCAGUUCCAAAGCCUCCACUUCCUUAUAUUAGGAAAAGCCUGGAGAGGAUGAUAUCAACUCUGAGCGGAUCUCCACUUGAGAAAGUUGUUGGAAGUUCUCAAAGUCUGAAGCCAGAAACUAGGGACAAUCUUGUUGGUGAGAUGCAGGGACUUCUGAUGAAAGUCGAUAAGAUGCUGACUGGACCAGCCCCAGGUACCUCCGCUUAGUUUAAUUUAUCAACUUUUAUAUAAUAGAUUAUGGUUCUUAGUUAUGUUAGCGUUAGAUUGUUUCUUACUGUUUUAAGAAUGUAUCUGCUAUUUUUAUGUUGGUUAUCGUCUGAACAAUGUUAUCAUAUCAGGGUUGUCUCCUUUGUAUGGCAGGAUGUAUUUGUCGCCGUUUAUAAUUAGCCAACGUAGGCUUUAUUCGCUUUA